AUGGCGCACCCAGCCGCAGUCAUUGGGUCUACCGGCCUCGUCGGGUCCCACAUCCUCACGAACCUCAUCACCUCGGAGGCCUUUGCCACCGUCAACACCAUCUCGCGCCGCCCGCCCAAGGCUGGCGGCUUGACCCUCAACCCCAUCAUCGAGAAGGACACCUCGGCCUGGCCACCCAAGCUGGCCGCCCUGCAGCCGAUCCCCACCGUCGUCAUCUCCGCCCUCGGUACCACGCGUGCUGCCGCCGGCAGCAUCGCUGAGCAGUGGAAGAUUGACCACGACCUGAACGUCGAGCUCGUCAAGGCCGCAAAGGCCGCCGGCAGCAAGGCCUUCAUCUUCAUCUCGAGCGCCGGCACCCGCAGCGCUCUCGCGGCCCAGGCGCCUUACAGCAAGAUGAAGAACGGCGUCGAGGACGCGAUCAAGGAGGCCAGCUUCGACCACGGCAUCAUUCUCAAGCCCGGUUUGAUCCUCGGUCAGCGUGAGCAGGGCCGUGCCGCCGAGGGCAUAUUUCAGAGUGUCAUCAAGACUCUCGGCAUGGUCAGCCGCAACAUCCAGGAUAGUAUUGGCCAGGACGCCGAGGUCAUUGCCCGCGCUGCCGUGCACGCAGCCAUCCUUGUGGAGCAGGGCAAGGCGCCAGCCGGUGUAUGGGAGAUUAGCGCCGCCGAGAUUGUGCGGCUUGGACGGACGGAGUGGAAGCACGGCCCUUGGCCCCGCUCUUAG